AUGGGAUAUACACUGCCCUGUUGACAACCUUUAUCAAUGUCUAGAGACUAGGACCACCCACUGAAAGUGGGAAAAGCACAAAUAGUUGUUUUACUUUCACUUUCAAUUUCGAAGAAUUACACGUCUCCUGACAUUCUCCUCACAAGUCUCUCUGUUCGGGAGACUGGUUUUCUGGAAGUGAAAAGUGCAGCCAUUAUUUUGUGCUUGAAUUACAAGUUGAAACAGGUUGUCAGUCGUCUUUCAAGCAGUAAAAUGGAUCGUGGCGACUUUUUGGAACGUUUAAAUUUCAUUCCGAGUUUAUUUACUUUGAAUAUUGUAAGCAUACCGACUGCAAAACUAAAAAGCAUGAGAGCGAAACUGGAAAACUCAGAUGAGGAUGAAUACGACAUGAAGGUAAACAACAAUCUUGCAUCAUUUCUUGCUUUUUUGUUUCAAGACCUUGAUGAAUGUGAAGCUAAAAAUACGUUGGGUUUACAAAACAAACCACGCAACAUCCAAGCCAAUGUCAUGAAGGCUGUUCUGUAUUACCAAAUGGAUAGGAUCACCGAGGCAGAAGAUAAAUUUAGAGAACUUAAAAAGCUAAGUGAAGACGAUUAUUUAAUGACCGAAGCUAAAGCAGAAAAAGCUUAUGCUUACUCUAAAAUGGGAGCAUUAUAUUAUAAUACCGCCAUUGAGCUGUAUGAUGAGGUAACUAAAAGAUACCCAGACCAAUAUGACUGGAAACAUCGCAUGGCCCUAACUAUACGUAGGUGUCAACAUCCAACUAUUAUAGCCCUCUUGUCCAUAAAAGACCCUUUAGUAAACUAUCAUCGAGCUACAGAACUGUUCGAAGACAUCAUUGAAAAUAGCCAGGACUCGGAAAUAAGAGGUUUCUCAUAUAUCGGUUUGGCCAACUUACAUUCUGGACCGUGUGCUAAGAAGGUCAACUUUAAAGGGCUUGGGCUUCAACCAAAGGCCCUUUUGGAGAAAACAAUUGAAUAUUUAGAUAAAGCGAAUGAAGAGGCGCCACAAAACGCAACAAUAUUAUCUGAAACUGGUAGAAUGCUGAGAGUGAUGAAGGAGUUCAAGUCAGCAAAAAAGGUUUUAGAAUCGGCUAUAGCAAUGAAACCAACCAGUAUAAAUUGUCAUCAUCUAGCUUUGGUAUUACAAAAACUACAAGUAGAAAACUUCAACCAACUGGCCAUAGACAUGCUAGAACAAUCUGUUAGACUUAGUCAAGGAACAAACCUACCAGCCAUUGAAGAACUAGGCAAGGUGUACAUGGAGUUAUCGCCCCCUAAUUACGAACAAGCCCUUGAGUGUUUCAAAGUUCUUACUGAAGAUUGUAACUAUAUGUGGCGGAGACAUGGCAAUGAAAGGGCCAUUAAUUGCUAUAAAGGAUUAGCCUUAAGACCGGGGAUAUCUUCUGUCGAAAAAAGAAGAUACUUUGCUGACUCUAAACAUUGUAAACGAGAAAGUAUCGUGAAUGCUGCAAUGGAAUAUCUGGCGGAAUCGAGUGCUGGACAGCGUCAAAAGAUUCCUUUAAAAGAAUUGUUUCGCGAUUACAGAUCUGGAACAGGUCCUUUCUAUAACAUUUAUUCUAGUCUGGAUCAGUUUAAACGCAUCGUCCGAUUUUUCAAAUCUGGUCUGAGUUUCAAAAACGAUAUUGAUAGAGCAUGUUCAAGUUGUGACGUGAAUGGUGCCUUUAGAGCUUUGGUCUAUAAUUAUCUGGAAUCAAGGAGAUAUUAUGACUGUUUGGAUUUAGCGACUAUACUGAUGGUAACAGAUAUACCAGAUAUAGAGAAGGUAGCCGUGGAGAUGAUGAUGGACAUUGUUCAACAAACGGCUGAUCAGAUAGACCAAACAGACCUAGUAAAAACCUGCUUCAAGCGAGCCUUGGACAAUUCUUACAACACAGAAGAAGUCGAUUCACAUGUUCGAAUUAUUUAUAAUACCACAACCUCAGAUGAAGAGGCUGGUUUCAUUGAAAAUUGUUUAUCAAAAAUCGGUCUGAAAGUGGCCAACAAUGACGAGGACAUCUUUUCCUAUCAAAGCAGGAAUGAAUCCUUAUUGUCUGCAAUGUCUGGUAAUGUUGUUGUAAUUUGUAUUUUCAAAAAUAACGACAAACACCUGUUGGACAACUAUCCCAUUGAUGUCAUUCCUCAAGACCAACCUGUUGUAAUUCCAUUGGUUGUAAACAGCAGUCACGUGUGCCCGAUGUUACGUCAUAUUCAACCAAUGGAGUUUCCUAAUUUAAAUCACGACAACAAACCAAAAGGAACAUUUUUAAAGGAUUUGGGUAACAGACUGUUUGCAAAAUAAAAAUAUA